AUGCAGCCGUUGGUUGAUGUUCUUUUGAAAGAGGUCAAGUCCCGUGUGCAAGUGCCAGCUGCCUCGUCAAGUGCCGAUUCUGACAAGUUGAUUCGAGCCAAGGUUAAGCUUGCGCAAACCGGUCUCACCCUAACCCCUCGUAAGCCGGCUGGGGAUGCUGAAGCCCCUUCGCCUGACAGUGGUAGUCCAACAAAGCCCGAGUCGUCGGGAGAUCUGCCUGUUGAGAGUCACCGGGACAAGAAGCGCAAAGCAGACGAGGGUGACCCUUCGAAUCAAGUUCGCAAGCUGUUGUCAGGGAGAGCCACCAACUCGUUGAAGGACAACAGGCCGAAAAGUGCUACCACCGAGCAUGUUGAGGCUUGGAUGCAAACGAUCAAGCAGCAGUACAAGGGCAAGUUUGUUGAGCUGAACAAGCAUGUGAACUUCGUUGUCAAGCUGUUGACUGAAAAUGCUGAUAAGCAUGAGAUGGUGGAGGCAGCUAUCAAGUUCGGCCUUGAUCGCAAAUUUGCAACUCGCUUGAGCAUCGCUAGUCUCAGCAGGUGCAUUGCUGUUGCCAAGUACCAAGCUGCUUGA